CCGAGGACCAAGUCGAGCUCGCGAUGCUCGUCUCCGCCCGUUUCCGACUCCAGCCAUAAGAACUACCCGUCUCGCACUCGAGUCAGUGCCGUCUCCUGGCCCCUUCUCACCGUCACCAUGGCUCAGGUACUAGCCCAACAUCCGCCUCCGCCCUCCACCACCUCCGCCCCGCCGCCCGCUACGCGCAAGUCCUCUUUCUCCAGCUUCCCUUCGUCGCGCUCGCCCUCGGCCCUGUCCAUCCACCGCCGCGCUCCUUCGCGCUCGCCCCAGCCCUCCGCGCUGCGCUCAUCCGACCCCUCCUCGUCCGACCCGCCGUUGCACCCGAAGCCCUACGCCCCGUCGCCAUCGCAGGCCCGGAUGGACCGCCAAUUGCGCUCGCAGUAUCCCUCGAAUUCCACCGAAAACCAUGUCGAGUAUAUCCUCGUCGCGAGCUUCGACAUUGACAGGGGGAGUGUCAUGGAGCACCAGUACCCCGGCCCCAUAAGUGGAGACGAGCAUAUGCUGGCCGACCUCAUGCUGCCCGACCAGGCGCAUGUGCGCAGUCAAGACUGGACCAUUUUCUUCUUGCACAAGGACACGACUGCCGAGGAGGAGGCCAAGGAGGAGAGGCGAGAACGGAGGCGCAAGAAGAAGGCCGGCGAGCUCGUCGAGACGGGCGACGACGGCGAGGGAGAAGGCGAGGAAGACGACGAUGACGACGACGAUGAGACGGACGAGGAGGGGUUUGAGGGCCCUCCGUUAAUAUACGUUCUCAACUUAGUCAAUACUAAGCAGGAUACUACCGUAAAGAGAGGCGCUAUUGUCAAGGCGAUGGCUAUUUGCACCAGACAUAGCUUCCUCCACAUCUACAAACCACUACUCCUAUUAGCCCUUGAGGAGUAUUUCCGAUCCCCUGUUCCCGAGACGCUCGCCUCCCUCUACAACGCAAUGAACUCCAUGGACCUGUCCCUUUUGCCGAAGCUCUCUUUUCUUGAGCGCAAUGUCCUCCAGGCCUCCUCCGCGCCAGACAUGUUUGUCGAGAAGUUUGAGCAAAUGAUAGCUCAGCGCCAGGUUGAGGACGCUGCCGUAGCGCAGCAGUCGCUUCAAGAGGGCCCCGGAUCUCCCAUCCGCGUUCCUCCCAAUCGCUAUACCCUUCCCAGAGAUACCCACGAAUUCGAAAGCCGCGUAUUGUAUAAUGGCAUACCCGUACCUAUCAAGAUUCCAACCGCAAUCAGCCCCGAGACUGUCGGCGACUUUUCCCUCAUCAAGCUCAUCCAGACGUUUUCCAUCCCGCAUACCACUGCUCCGCAGCCUUUUGCGUUGCAUCCGCACCUUACAACAUCCGGCGCUUACACGCAUCCCAUAAUUGUCCUAGUUAAUGCCUUACUCACGCAAAAACGAGUUGUUUUCCUCGGCCACAACCGACCAGCCGGAGAAGUGGCGGAAGCUGUGCUUGCGUCUUGCGCCCUGGCCUCUGGUGGCAUGCUUCGAGGUUUCACCCGUCACGCUUUCCCGUACACGGAUCUGACCAAAAUCGACGACUUAAUCAAGGUGCCAGGCUUCAUCGCCGGUGUCACUAACCCGGCCUUUGCGCACAAGCCGGAAUGGUGGGAUCUGCUUUGUGACCUGCCGAGCGGGCGCAUGAAGAUAUCCCACAAGAUUGAAGGCCCGCCCGUUACCGAUGGCCUCUUGUACUUCCAGUCACAGCAGUCUCACAUACCAACCUCGACCAGCAGCAGUUUGGCGGCCGGCUUGAGCGCGCAACUGAGCAUGAGCAUGCCGGGUUCCAAGGGCAGCCAAGACGCCGAUCCCACCGGAGAUACGCAGUUCAUGGACGCGCUGCUCACUGCUAUCAACGAACGGCGGGGCGAAGCAGCCAUCCGCUCGCGCUGGCGCGACUGGGUGCACAAGUUUACGCGCAUAGCGGCGACGUUUGAAGAGACGGUAUACGGGGCGAGCGCUUUGUACAUUGGAGCCUCCUCGGCGACACUCUCGCCCACGUCGCCAGACACGGAAACGCCGUUUGACGCGAACAUCAAGGGGCACGGGUACGUGUGGGCGACAGAGGCGGAGAAGCUCAAGGAGCUGGCAGCCAACGUGCACCGUGUGGAGGGAUGGCGCAACACGCGGUCGUACUACAGCUACGUGCAGGACCUGGCGCGGGUAUGGGAGCGGCAGCCGGUGCGGCACCUGGACCUGAUGUGGCUGCACGACCGGCUGCACCGGGGGACGCGGCUGACGCACGACCAGAGCGCGGGCAUCUACCUGGCGCUGGCGCGCGCGGUCGAGGACGCGGGCCGGCGCCCGCCGUCGGAGCUGGCGCCGCCCUCGACAACCGCCACCGGCCGCGCCCACGGCUCCUCGCAGAAACAGUACGACACGAUUCUGCAGCUGCUGGGCGUGACGCCCGAGUCCAACAGCGGCAUCUUUUACCUCUCGCUGGGCUUGUUCCAUCCCCGUCCGGAUGUGCGUCUGGCCGUUUGUGGCUUGCUCGAACACGUUAUGGAGAAUGAGGCGGGCCGUCAUUUUUGGGCUGCGCUGGGUCGGUUUGCCAAGCUUGCGUUUUAUCGGAUCAAGCGCGAGGAGCCGGGGGCGAGCACGCCGGGCCUGUUGGGAGGUUGAGGGUGUAGUGGUGGUGGUGAUGACGGUUAUUGGCACGGUGUACAGAAGCGCUAAGGACAGUGUCCUGAGCAGAGAAGGAAGAACGGCGGUUGUGGUGGUGGAGAAGUCAUAAGGAUCAACAGCACAGCGGCAGGAUACCCGAUCCUUUGGCUUGGAUACGGGGGACGGUGCGAGAAGGCAUCACUAUAGGUGCGGCUCAGUGGCUAGUUUUGGAUGGAUGGGACGACGUUAUGCGCGCUGCGUGUGCGUGCUUGUUUGCUUGUUUGUCUUGGCCUUGCUCUGCUCGCUUGCUUGCUGGCUGACUAGGUGCCCGGCUACUUAGGUUAUGUGUGCGUGUGUGCGUGCGGCUGGUAGGCGGCUUGCGGGGGUUAAUUUUAAUGCUUUGUCUUUUGCGGUUGGUGUUGUGCUGUGCUUCUGGG